AUGUCACAAAAUGAAAUUUUAAAAUAUAUUUUUCAAUCACCAACCGAUGUAAAUAAAAUAAUCAAUAAUAUCAAUGAAAUAAUUCAAUUAAACCCAGAGUUUGAAGAAGAUUUAAAUGAUGCAAAGAAUGUAUUAGUCAAUGAUAUUAACCAAAAUGUUCCAGAUGAUAGUGCAAAACCUUUAUUCUUUAGCGAUAAAAUUAAAGAAAUAAAAAACUAUGUAUUCCAAGAGUUUAACGAAAUUGUUGAAAGUAACGAAGAGGUUUCAUUAGAUUUUCAAAUCUUUUCUAAAUUCAUCAAAAUUAGAAUAAUGAUAGAAUUCAAUAAUUUAUACCAAAAAAAAAGUUUACACGAAUUCUUUGGCCAAAAUGACAUUGAACAGCUUGUUAAGUGUUUAAGCGAUAUCUCUGAAUUUCAAAGCAAUUCUUUAAUCAGUUUUUCCGAUGUGCUCUCAAAAAAAGUUAACCCAGCCUCAAUUUGUAAAGAGUUCUCAUUUAGAAGAGGUGGUGAUAAAUAUUUUAAAGUAUCUAUUCCAGUUUUUAAAUUAAAUGAAAAAGAAGAUAUUAAAUUGGUAGUUUCAAGUUUAUUAAAUGAAUUGUUGGCUCCAAAGCAUCCACAACUUCAGUUGCCAUUACAACCACAGCUUCAAUUGGAAUCACAACCAGAAAGCCCCCAACUAUCAACAUCAUUACCAGCACAACAACCAAUGAUACCAUCAACACCACACCCAUCAUUAACUGAUCAACAGUUUUUAAAAUUACAAGAGCAAAUUCUUAAAUUACAAUUACAAUUACAAAAUCAAGAGAAAAAAACACAACCUCAGCCAAUAGAGUUACAACCACAACAACCACAAGAAGAGAAUGAGCAAGACAAUAAAAUUUUAAAAAAAAUUUUCAAAAUAGCAAACACAAACAAAAUUAUCUCAUCAAUUGAUCAUACAAAUAAAAAAUAUCCACAAUUUGGAGAAACUCUAAAUAAAAUACUUGAUAUCAUUUCGAGUGGCAAUACAAUUGAAAGUGUUAUCAAUAAUAUCAAGAGGGAUGCCAAUAUCGAUUUUUGCAUAGAGUUUGUAUGUCCAAAAAGUUCAUUAAGUGCCAAUCCUUUGUUUGCAAGAUUCACUGCUCUUGCUUUGAUGGUAGAAAUUAAUAACAUUUAUCAAGUAAAAUACCUUAGAGACAUUUCAACUUCGAAAUCCAUUCUUCCUCAAGCUUUUAUUCAAUUAUUAGAAGAAAUUAAAGAUUAUCACAAGAGUACCUCUUUUAGAUUCUCAAACAUGGUCGAUUCCAAUGAACUUAAACGUGUUUAUCACCAAUCUAUAAUUCCUAAAGAGUUUAGAUUUAUUCAUGUUGGUAAUAUUGUUUCAAUUCCGGUUUUAAAGCUUCCAGGUUUUCUCAAUGAAGAUCUUACAAUUAUAAUUCCGCAAUUAUAUAACGAGUUACAAAAUGAUUGUCUUAAAUACAAAGCAGAUAUUAAUGGUAAUCCUAAUGGCAAUGGUAAUGCUAGCUUUAGUUCAAUAGAAAAAACGCCAUCAUCAACAUCUAUAUCUUCAUCACAUUUAAUUUCAAUUUUCAGCUCGUCAGUAAAUAAUCUUAAAGAUAUAAUCGAUAUUAUUGAUGAGAAAAAAAAAUCAAAUCCUCAAUACCUUCACAAAUUCGUUUUAUUAAAGAGUCUAAUCAACAAAGAUUUUGUUGCAAAUAUUCAACAAAUAAAAAGAAAGACCAGCUCAGUUAAGGUUUCUCAUUCAAAAGAAAUAUACAAUUUAUAUAUAACCUUAAGAACUAUAUUAGAAUUUAAUUUACUUUAUCAACGUAAAUGCAUUGAUGAAAUCACUGAAGGUUCAACCCAACAGGAAAAGUCAAAAUUAUUAUCAAAUCUUUGUGAUUUAUAUAAAAAAGUUCCAACUGAUUUAAAACCAUUAGUCAAAUACCCAAAUCCACUUGUUCAAGAAUAUACAUUCAAUUUUAAUGGUAAAAAGAGUUUAGUUUCAUACUUUAAAAUUGAUUCAGAUGAUUGCUUAAGAGCCUCAAACAAUCUUUUAAAUCAAAUAAAACAAAUUUUAUCGGAUAGAAAAAUAGAAUCGUUUAAGGAUCAAGAAGAACAAGAGCAAGAUCAAGAACAAGAUGAAAAUGAAAAUGAUAGUGAAGGUGAAAGUGAAAGUGAUUAUCAAGAUUAUAGUCAUAUAUUUGAUGAUGAGGUUUACGAAUUACCAAAUAUAGAGAUCGAUAUUGGAAAUUACAACAUUAGAGAAGAUAUACAUACUUUAUUAAAAAUGAUUUUUUCAAAUCAAAAUUUAAAAAGUUCAACAAGCUUUAUUGAUGGCUUAAGAAUGUUGGAUGUUGAAAAGCCAAGUUAUAGCAAAACUUUGCAAAAAAUUAUUCACUUUGUUGAAGUCAAUAAAGAGGAGUUUGAACAUCAAUUUAUUCAAAAGAUAAAGAGCUAUCAAAACCUCAUCAUUAAAGGCGUUUCAAGUUUUAAAAAAACUGCUUUUUUAAAUGAAACAAACCCUUUAUAUAAAUGUUUUCUAAAAUCAAUCUAUCUUUUUAGAGUAUUAUUCGAAUUUAAUGCCUUCCAUCAAAAGAUUCACAUAAACGAACAAUUGGCUACUUUAGGUUCAUCAGCAACAGUCGUUAGAGAUACUAAUUUCAAACUAUUCUCAAUUCACAAUACACUUAGGGAUCAAUUAUUCAAAGUCCAUUGGGUAUGCAGAGGUUCAUUCAAGACUUUAUCCCAUGAAUUUACUUAUUUAUUGCCCGAUUUGUCAUCCGUUACAAUUAAUGCAUUCGAAAUUGAAGGAGAGUUUAUUACCGAUUUACUAGAGUCACUAUUCAUCGAAACCCAUUUAAUCAUUUCAAAGAUUUUAAAUGUUGAACCAUCCUAUACUCCAAUUAUGAGACAAAGCAAUAAAAAGUACAUGAAUUCUAUAAUUUCCUCAACUGAUAAUACUGAUGACGAAGAAAAAGAACAAAAAGAAGAAAAAGUAGAAAAAGAAGAAAAAGAAGAAAAGAAAGAACCAAUGUCGGCAAUUGUUCCAAAAAAACAACUCUCAAGUACAACUACAACCACAGCCUCAACUAUAUUGAAUACUCCAAAAACCGAAAAUAAAAACUCCAAAACUUUUGAUAUUAGUAACGCUGGUAAAGAGGAUGGUUAUUAUGAUGAAAAGGGUAAUUUUGUUGGAAACUUUUAUGACGAAAAAGGAAGAUAUUGUGAAUGUUUUUAUGAUGGCUUUGGUAAUCAUAUAGAAGGUUAUUAUGACGAUAAUGAUAUGUACAUCGAAGGUUACUAUAAUGAAGAAAACAUUUUUGUUGAGACCUAUAACGAAAAUUUCGAAAAUCCACCAGCAGUCGAAUCAACUGAAAAUGAAACUAAUUCUGAUUUUUCAACACCAACUCAAGAAACCCCAGAUCAUAAUCAACUUGUAGAAGCUAUGAACACUUUAGAAAUAGAAUCAAAUGACUCACCAAAAACUUUUAGAACCAACUCAAAUCCAACUUUAAAACCAAAUAUUUUAUUAGAUAUUUUUAAAAAUCCAUCAAUUGAAGGUAUUGUUGAUUCAGUUAAUCAAUAUAUUAGGGAUAUACCAAAAAUUUCUAAAAUCUUAAAAGAGAUAAGCAAAAUUAUGCAAUCAAAUGAUGGUAAUAAGAAAAUAGGCGACAAACUUGAAACAAUAAAGAAAAAUGCAAUUACCCAAAUCAAGAAAAUUUUGGGUUCAUUUGAUGCUUCCAUUUUUAAUACCUACAUCACUUUCAAAGUUUUACUAGAUUUUAAUAACCAUUACCAAAGAAAUUUAGUCAAAGAUUUUGCUGAAGGUUUAAAAACAUCUCCAAAAAAAAUGGUGGAAAUCAAAAAACAACUACUUUUUGCCAUCAGUACCUUCCAUAAUUGUCUUCCAUUAGCUAUCAGUGAUUUAGCUGACAGUAGCAAAACAAAUGCUUCACAGGAAAUCGAUAUCGCCAGAGUUUUUACUUUUAAUUGCGAUGAGGUACCAGUUUCAAUUCCAGUUUAUAACAUUCCAGGUUAUGAAGAUAUUCAAACUGUUCUUAAGGGAUUACGUGACAAAAUAGUAUUAAAUAUUAGAAAAAAAUUGGGUAAAGAACACUCUCCAACUGGAAGUUGGAUUUUCAAGGAAUUACCUCAAACAAAUGUUUUUACCAACGACUCAACAAAUAUCAAAAUAGAUCCAAUAGAUCCAAUAGAUCCAACAGAUCCAAACCUUUUCAGUCAAAUUUUUAAUACCCACAAUCCAAAAGUUAUUUUAGGAACCAUUACUAGUUUAAUGGCUAGUCAUACAGAUAUUAUCGUCGAUUUAUCCAUGGCCAAAGAUAUCAUGUUGGGAAAAGAUGAUGGGAAAAAAAAUUUAGCUCAUAAGUUUGAAAUUAUAUUAAAACAAUUAAAAGGAGAUAUGAAAGCUAUGUAUAAAGCUGAUACAAGCGAUAUUGUUGGAAGUAUUCUCUACCAGAAAUAUUUAAACUUUAGAAUGGCCAUCGAGUUUUCUCGUAUCUACCAAAGAAAAUGCCUUAAACAAUUGUUGUUCCAAACUCCAUCCAAAGUCACCCCCAUCUUUGCUGAACUUAGUUCCCUACAUAAUAACACAAGUAUAUCACUCAAAGAUAUCUCCUCCAAAGAAUAUUCAAAAAAAAUUUGCUCAAAAUUUACAUCACUCGAUAAAUCGAUUGUCAUUCCAACAUUUAAAUUGGGGGAUCUUGGUAUUUCUUCAUUCAUCAAACAAUUAUAUAAUGAAAUCAAAGAUUCAAUAAUUGAACAUAAAGAUAUUUUAAAUCCAUCUAAAAAAGAAAAAAAUCCCUCAUCAUCUAAACCAAAAUCAACAUCAGAUAAAAUGAAAAAUAAUAGAAAAUUAUCUAAAGAAGAUGAUGAUAUCGAUUCAUCAAUUAUUGAAAGAGAUUUAAUUAGUGAUGAUACAAAGAAACUUAAAUAUAUUUUCAGAGAUUCUUCAAAUGUACAAAUAAUUAUUAAAUCAAUUCAAACAUUGUCCGAAGCUUGUCCAAAAAUUUCAAAGAAUAAUACUGAACUUCAACAAAUUAUAUUAGAGUCAUUAUUUAAUUCAAGAAUUGAACAACUUUAUAUUAUUACUCAAAAAGAAUUGCCAACUUUAUUGAAUAUUCAAAAGAACUCAGAGGAGUAUCAAAUUAUUUUCAAUCAAAUUUUAUCUUCAAGGGUAAUGUUAGAGUUUAGUAAUAGUUAUCAAAGAUUUGUACUCAAGGGAUAUUGCAAACAUGAUAUUCAUGGUAAUUCACAAAAAUGGAAACAUCUUUACGAUCUUUUAAACAAUUGCCAUCAACCUCCAAUGAACACCAUCCAUUUCAUAGAUGAAGAUAUUGAAAGAUUCAUUCCAGACAAGUGUAAAUUCCUUGUUAAUGAAAGUACAGAAAAUGUCGAAAUUCCACUCUUCCAAUUUAUCAAUACUGAUAUUAGUAUCAUAUUAAGAUCUCUAUUCCAAGACACUGUAUCCAUAAUCAAGAAAUUUAAAUCCGGCUAUCCAAUUGAAAGAACUCUUUCAAAUACUUGCGAACCCCAACAAAAAAAUGAAAAACAAUAUGAAGAGGAUCAAUCAGAAGACGAUGAAUCCGAUUCAUCAACAGCUUCAAAAACACAAAUUAAAAUCGUUACCCCAGGUAAAAUUAAUCACAUGAAUUUUAUUUUUAGAACCGUUUUUUCCUCACCAUCUUGCACCGAAAAUAUCUUAUCAACCAUUGUUCAACUUUCGAAAUCAUAUCCAAGACAUGCAGAAAAUCUAGUUGUUAUCAAAAAAAUUCUUGACGAAUAUGGUCAUGAAUUUAACACCAAUAUUAAAAAACAAAAAGAAUCCCUAAUUCGAGAUAUGGAGGAUUUACUUAAUAAGAAGGCAGAUCCAAAGAGUUUUGAAGACAUCAAAGCCGAUUCACUUGUAGUUUUAGCCAUGAUAGAAUUUAAUCAUCUAGCUCAAAAGUUUUAUCUCAAAGAUAACGUCGAUCCAUUUGAAAAAGAAGAUUACAAUUUCCUUUCAGAAGCCCUCAACAGACAUUGUAAGAAAAUCGAUUUCAAAUGUAUUGAAAGUGGCAAAUUUGACAAAGAUUCCUGUAAAACAUUUUCUGCAAAUAAAGCUAAUGGCAUGGUUAUUGAAAUCCCAGUCAUUACACUUCAAAAAACGAACGAAUCAAUUUUACUCAUUGUUAAAUCACUUUUUAACCAUGUCAGUCAAUCAAUUAAAAAAUACAAAUCAAAUGGUGGAGUUAAUAAAAACAAUAAUCAAAUAUCACCAAGUAAUCAUUUAUCAAAUAAUUAUAAUAAUGACACCAACUAUAUAUCUCAAACAAACAAUGCUUUCAGGAUUGCUCAAAGAGGUUCUAAUGUAUUGGAUGAUAUUUGGUUACCAAAUAAUAAUAAUAAUAAUUCAAAUAAAAAAACAUCAAAUACCCAAGUGGCAAUCGAGGAAACAUUUGAAUUUGAUCCAAGUCGUUUUACUAAACCAAAGGUUAAUACUAAAAACAAUGGAUACCAACACGAAUCUGUUGUUUAUGGUUCAAUUCAUGACAAGGAUGUUGGUGACAAGAAAUAUGAUAAUUUCGUUUAUGGUAAAAAUCCAAGUGGCAUAAACAAUAGUACUAAUGAUUCAAGUUUCCAAACAUUCAUUUUUAAUGGCACCUCGAAUUCUAAAUUAUCCUUAAAUUCCAACAGUAGUACUAGUUCUAUAGUUGAUAAUAUUGCAAAGAGGUAUCAAGAAAGGGAAGAGAAAUAUCCACCUUUAGAUUCUAAAAUAAAUUCCAAUACCAAUUCAAUUGUCGAUAUUAUCGCUAAAAAGUAUCAAAUUAAUAAAGGACUUUCAUCAACCAUCACCUCAACUCCAACUCCAACUACAACUACAACUACAACUUUUGCUCAAGCUAUCAAACAGGUUAUUAAUGACACACCCUCAAUAACUCCAACUCCAACCCCAACUCCAACUCCAACUCCAACUCUAACACCAACUUUUGCUCAAGCUAUCAAACAGGUUAUUAAUGACACAACCUCAACUACUCAAACUACCGACCCGGCUGUUCCUGAAAGUGAAAGUGAAGGAGAUGGUUAUUAUGACGAGUUAGGAAACUUUAUUGGUACCUACUAUGAUGACAAUGGCACUUUUACUGAAUGUUAUUACAACGAUUUCGAUACAUAUGUUGAGGGUUUUUAUAAUAGUAACAAUGUUUGGCUUGAAAGUUAUAAAAACAAAAAUGGUAUCUAUGUUGAAGGUUUCUAUAAUAAAAAUGGAACUUAUGUUGAAAGCUAUACCGACAAUGAUGGAAAUUAUAUUGAAGGUUAUUAUAACAAACAUGGCAACUAUGUAGAAGGUUUUUAUGAUGAACAAAAUAGAUAUAUCGAAUGCUACUAUGACCAAGAAGGCUUCUAUAUUGAAGGUUACUAUGAUGACGAUGGUUAUUAUAUCGAGGGUUAUUAUAACGAAAGUAAUGAUUUCAUUGAAACCUAUAACGAGAGAAAUGAAUCAGAAGAAACCGAACAAGAAGUUGAGAAAGAAAACAAACAAGAAGUUAAAGAAAACAUCGAAAAAGAAAACAUCGAAAAAGAAAAAGAAACUAUUGAAGAAAUCGAAGAAUACUUUGAAGAAGAAGAAUAUAAAGUAAAUAGCAAUAAUAAUAUUUUUAAUAGUAAUAACGAAUAUGAACCAAACAAUCAGGAUAAUGAUUACUUUGUUGAUGAAUAUAACGAAGGUGGUAGUGAAUAUCGUAAUUCAAAAAUUUUAAACAAUCCAGAAUCACCAUUAAUUAGAGACCAAGUCGAUGUAACCUCAAUGAAUAGUCAAGCAAUUAUCGAAGUCUUUUUAAAAUCCGACCCAACCAGAAUCAGUUUACUUCAAGCCAAUAAUAUUGUUUGUGUUCCAGAUAACUUCUCAAGCUAUGACCAAUAUAAGAAUACAUUCAAGCCACUCAUUGUCGAAGAGUUUAGAAAAGCACUCGAAAUUAACUUUUGUGAAAUUGAUGGAGUUUCAUUAAAUGGAGAUGGAUCAAUUUGUGGUUUAGAAAAUAUUGAUAUGAAAUCAUCGAUUACAGUUCACUCAAUUGUAGAAACUUCAGAAAAAUCACUUACAGCUAUUCUUUACGUAACAGUUUUAAAUAAGAACGAGGGAUUUUUAGUCAAUGACUUGGUUUUAUUCAAAGCACUCGAUGAUGAUCAAAAUCCUGUAUUUACAUUAUCAAGAGUAACUAAUCACGGUUUAAUAAAAGGUUCGCAACAAAAAGUUCAUUGCCAAUUUGUAACCUCUAAACAUACCAAAAUUUUCAUCGAAAAGCUCUACGAAAUCUCAAGUCAACAUAAAUAUCACAAAAGAGAUUACCAAAAUCAACUAUCCCUAACCGGUUCAAAUCCACUUUAUCUUAUCAAGGUCUCAAGCUGUGUUACAUUCCAUAGAGAAUUAGAUGCAUUGGACAAUAUUGGUGGAUCCCAUUUGAUUGACUUGUUACUCGAGCCAACUUUAGAAAAAUUCGAACUAUUAAAAGCAAAGAAAUGGGAGAUUCCAGAAUCAUUAAAAGAACAUUAUAGUACAAUCUUAAAUUCAUCCCAAAUUAUUGCUAUCAAUGAGUCUUUAUCACACGAAGAUCUCCUUCAAAAGGAUCGUACCUGGGGUCCAUACAUCGAUUAUAUUCAAUCAAUUGGUAGAGUAAAAUCAAUCGACACUCAAUUUGUUAGAGUUUUACAAGAAGAAGUUUCUAAGUUUGAUAGAAUACACCCAGAAGGUUUACUUAAUGAUUUCGAUAUCAGUUACAACGACGAAGAAGAGCCAAUAGAUGAUAAUGAACGUAGAUUUAUUUGCCAAGAUGACGAUGAAGAUCUUUUGGAUGAAAGCGAUAAGAAUAUUAUUAUCAAUGUUGAUAAAAACGGCACCUCAUCAAGUAAUACUUUUUUCAAACCUGUAGCUGCUGAUGAAGAUGAUGAAAUACAAAUUAUUAUUGACGAAGAGUUCCCAAGAUAUUUUAUUGAAGUUAUCGAAGAACUAAUUGCCGCAAGUGCAUUAAAGAUCGAUUCAAACAUUCUAAUUAAAAAGAAAUCACUAAGAAGAAAUUUCUUAGAGUAUCAAAAUAGAUUACCCGAAUAUUUCAAAUAUAUUUACAACAAGUUCCCAUUGGUAAACUAUCAAACUGAUACAAUCUUAACCAACAAAUUAUUUGCUUUCGCAAAAACUGUUGAAUGUAAUAAGAGAACUAUCAAAGAAGAAUGCUUUGGUCGUUUAAAGAAAUAUUUAAUUAGCGGCUUUUCAAAUAGCAAUAUUAGCAUUUUAGGUUCAUAUCUUUAUGAUUUAGCUUUAACCGAUAGUGAUUUAAAUGUCAACUUUACAAUCACAGAAAAAGAAUCAGAUAUUAGAAUUUACAAACAAGUUUCAGUAUUUUUAGAGAAAAAUGGAAAUUAUAAGGUUCAAAGCAAGAGAUUUGAAGAUCAAAUACCAGUUAUUAGAUUCAUCGAUAUUCAAAAACGUAUUCAAUUCGAAAUGAGUUUCAACUCUCAAAUGGGUUACCACAAAUCAUUACUCAUCAAAGAAUAUGUAAUGAGUGACUCAAGAGUCAAAUCAUUAACUCUUUUAGUUAAACAUUGGGCCUCUCAAAAAGAUAUCAACGAUUAUGAAAAGGAUACUUUCUCAUCAUUCUGUUUGGUUAACAUGGUUAUCUUCUUCCUUCAAAAAACCAAUAUUUUACCAAAUCUUUCCGAACCAUCACAAGAAUCCCUUAUUCCAAAUAAAUCUCAAUUAAAGGCAAACUGUAGAGUCGAAAACAAUUUAGUUAAAUACUAUGAUAUCACAACAUUAAUCAUUGAUACAAAGAAACUAUCAGUUUCUUCACUUUUAUACAAAUUCUUCCACUUUUAUUGUACCUUUGAUUUCAAAAAUAAUCAUAUUUCAAUUACCAAUAUUCCAUUCGAUAGAUCGCAGUUAAAAAAUCAAGAUUCACCAAUUAUCGUUUUAGAUCCAUUUAUUGAAGGUAAAAACUUGGCUCAAUCAAUUACCCAAAAUACAUUUGAAAAUAUCAUGACAGAAUUUGCAAUAAUGGAAUAUAAAUUAAAGCAAUUUAACAAACCCAACUAUGCUAAAUUUAAUGAUACCAAAGAAAUCUUCGAUGAAAGCUUAUCAUUAUCUUCAAAUGGUUUUUAGAUACAAAUUAACUCACUCUUUAGGUUGCCACACACUUUUAGAACCAAAAUAUUAAUAAUCAAAAUAAAAUUAUGUUUAAAUUU